AUGAGGAAGCCUGACGGUAAGAUCGUGCUUCUCGGGGACAUGAACGUGGGCAAGACGUCCCUGCUGCAGAGGUACAUGGAGCGGCGCUUCCCGGACACGGUCAGCACGGUGGGCGGCGCCUUCUACCUGAAGCAGUGGCGCUCCUACAACAUCUCCAUCUGGGACACCGCAGGGCGGGAGCAGUUCCAUGGCCUGGGCUCCAUGUACUGCCGGGGGGCAGCCGCCGUCAUCCUCGUGUAUGACGUGAAUCACCUGCAGAGCCUGCAGGAGCUGGAGGACAGGUUCCUGGGCCUGACGGACACAGCCAGCAAAGACUGCCUCUUCGCCAUCGUGGGGAACAAAGUGGACCUCACCGAGGAGUGGGCCUUAGAGGGCUGGGACAAGGAGGGGAGCAGCCCCGGGAAGGCCGGUGGUGGCUGUGUCCAAGCCAAGGUGCCCAAGCAGGUGCAGCUGGAGGACGUGCUGGCCCUUUACAGAAAGAUCCUGAAGUACAAGAUGCUGGACGAGAAGGCUGUGCCAGCUGCCGAGCAAAUGUGCUUCGAGACCAGCGCCAAGACCGGGUACAAUGUAGACCUCCUGUUCGAGACGCUGUUUGACAUGGUGGUGCCGGGGAUCCUACAGCAGAGGGCUGAGGGCCUGGCACAGACCGUGGAUAUCACCAGUUAUAAGCCACCCAAGCGGACCAGAGCGGGGUGCUGUGCCUGA